AUGUCCACAAGAUCGAAAGAGAAAGUGGUGGCUGCUUUCCGAAAAUUUUUUCGAUCUUCAGAGAAGAUUUCGGAACAAGAUGGAGCAAGUAGUUCGACGAGUUCACCAUCGAGAAGGCUUCUAAGUCGGCAUCGUCCGGAUGCAGUCACUCCAACUGAUGGUGCAUUGUCGGAUAAUCCGGGUGUUAGUAAUUCCAAUCAUGGAAGUUGUUUCUUCAAAUCAAAAAAAACCACUAAUAAUUCUACGCAGGGAACCAUGGCGAUGCCGGAUAAAAGAGUUCGUCUACGUCGUUUAAUGAAAGAACUUAGCGAGAUUCAAAGAAUGCAGCAUCGACUCGAAUCGACUUUCACUGCAGAAUUGGUAAAUGACAAUUUAUUCGAAUGGCAUGUAAGACUACACAAGAUUGAUCCGGAAAGUGAACUGGCUGCAGAUAUGAGAGAGCUCAAUAUACCUUAUAUACUUCUCCACGUGGUAUUUCCGGAGAAUUUUCCGUUUGCGCCACCUUUUAUGCGUGUUAUUUCACCAAGAAUUGAAAAAGGAUUCGUGAUGGAAGGGGGUGCAAUUUGUAUGGAACUUCUUACACCUAGAGGCUGGGCUAGUGCAUAUACUAUUGAAGCUGUAAUCACGCAAUUUGCAGCUAGUAUCGUUAAAGGCCAGGGUCGUGUAGCGAGAAAACCAAAAACGAACAAAGAAUUUAACAGACGUUCCGCAGAAGAAUCUUUCAGAAGUUUAGUAAAAACGCACGAGAAAUAUGGUUGGGUCACACCGCCGCUUGCAGAAGGUUGAUCCACCAGAUUUGAAAAACAAAAGACUUCGUUGUAUUUAAAAAAAGUAUACAUAUAUAGGUUAUAAAUGUGACUUUCAAGUCGGUAUCAUUAUAUUCUUUUUCCGUUCGAUAAUAAUAAUAAUAAUAUAAUUAUACUAUAAUAGCAUUAUAUAAUGCCUUUAUAAAUGCAAUAUUUGGGAAAGGAAUAAUGGACGAUAGUAAAAUAUUUAAGAAAUUUUUAGAAUUUUUGACUUGGUUAAAACGAUGAAGUUCGCUUAUAAAAACAUUAAUCAAUCCUAUUUUUCAAGUUUAUGAGUGAAAUUUAUUGUAAAUCUAUCGUGACAUUUGUAUGAACAAAAAUCAUAUUAUAAAGAUACAUAUUUUAUAAUUCUUAUAUAAUUAUUCAAAAGUAUUUCAAUACUUUUAUGAACAAAUUACGAAAAAAUGUCUUUCAUCUAUGAAUUUGAUUUUAUUUUAUUAAAAUAUAAGAAUAAGAAUUAAUGCUAUAAACAAAUUGAGCUUAUAUUACGAUAAUCGAAGAAUUUACGUUGCCAAAUUAUACGAAUUACAAUAAACAUAAUAAUAAAAUUAAGUAAUUUUAAUAAACGUAAACGAUACAAAAUUUAAUAAAAUAAUGUAUAUUUAUAAUAAUUGUAUUUAUAAAAUGGAGGAAGGAAAAUGUAGUCUUUCAAUUCAGUAUUUCUUUAUUUGAACUUCCAUCUAUUGGGUAUUAUGAUGCCACAAAAAAUACAUGCAUAAAUUUUUAUAUUGCGAUGAUUAAUAUUUAAUUAAUAUUUAACGGUUAAUAUUAAAAAAAAUAUAUAUAGAUUUAAGUUUCGUUUUUACUAUACAGUCAAUUUAGGAUAGAACAAUGUAAUAUAAUUUCUAAUAUAUUGAAAUUAAGACUAUUCCAUCAUAUACAGAUUCAUAUAAGUAAAAUUCUGUACUAAUUAAAUCAAGGCAUUGAUUGUAUAUUGAUAUAUUGUUCUAUUUACUUGAUAUGUUGUAUUAUUAUUUAUUAUUGAUCGUAAAAAAAUGAAAAAUAUAAAAUAUUGUUUAUUUAAUUUAAAAUAUUAUUGAUUAAUAAUAUUAUUUAUUUAGUAUUAAUAAGUAAAAAUUAAAUAAAAAAUUUAUUACAUUAA